AUGGGAAGGCAGUUCCUGCAAGGACAAGGUGGCGCUCAAUCACAACAAGGCGCUCAGGGUGUCCAAGACUUUGGCUUCCACCCUGAUCAUGCCGCCAGCCACGCCUCGAGUCACGACGUCAAGAAUGGUGAUGCUUCGGGUUCGAACACGAGCAUUUUCUCUCAGGUUACCAGCAUGCUGCACGGAAAGCACCAACAGGGCGAGAUCAAGGAUGAUCUUGAUCACAACCAGCUGCUGAGCACAUUCAAGAAGGUGCAACAGGGCCAGAAAGCAUCGUCGCAGGAGGUGGGACAAGCUUCGGCUGUCAAUGCUGUCAAGCAAUUCUUCGGCAACAAUGAACACAAAGAGCAGGGCGGUAUCAAUGCUCUCGUGGGUAAGGCUAUGUCGAUCGCUGGUCAACAUGCUAGCGGCUCUGACAAGCACGACGCCAUGAACCAUGCCAGUGAGACUAUCAUGAAGAUGGCUAUGAAACACAAAAUGCACAACAUGCUUGGUGGCUACAACGAAGGUGUCUCGGAACUUAUGGACUUCUAUACAUAA